GGGAGCCGGGGCGCGUGGGGCGGCGAGCUCGCGGCGCCGUCUGUGCUUCCUCAGCGCCCGGCCGUGCGCUCCGUGCCCGUCCCGCCAUGGCAGUGCCCGGCUGCCCACCCGGACCCGCCGCGCCCCUAGCCGAGCGUCUGCGGCCGCUGCUGCCGCUGCUGCUGCUGCUGCUGCUGUUGUUGCGGGCGGGACCCGCACGCGCCGAGACUAAGGUGUUUGGGGAUUUGGACCAGGUGCGGAUGACGUCGGAGGGCUCGGACUGCCGCUGUAAGUGCAUCAUGCGACCUCUGAGCAAGGACGCGUGCAGUCGUGUGCGCAGCGGGCGCGCGCGGGUGGAGGACUUCUACACCGUGGAGACGGUGAGCUCGGGGGCCGACUGCCGCUGCUCCUGCACCGCGCCACCCUCCUCGCUCAACCCCUGCGAGAACGAGUGGAAGAUGGAGAAGCUCAAAAAGCAGGCGCCCGAGCUCCUCAAGCUGCAGUCCAUGGUGGAUCUCCUGGAGGGCGCCCUGUACAGCAUGGAUCUGAUGAAGGUCCACGCCUACGUCCACAAGGUGGCCUCCCAGAUGAACACGCUGGAGGAGAGCAUCAAGGCCAACCUAAGCCGGGAGAACGAGGUGGUGAAGGACAGCGUGCGCCACCUCAGCGAGCAGAUGAAGAGUUACGAGAACCACUCGGCCAUCAUGCUAAGCAUCAAGAAGGAGCUGGCCAACCUGGGCCUCCAGCUGCUGCAGAGGGACGCAGCGGCCGCCCCUGCUACCACGCCUGCCGCGGGCCCCGGUAGUAGCAAGGCUCAGGACACAGCUGGAGGGAAAGGCAAGGAUACCAACAAAUAUGGCAAUAUGCCAAAGAGCUUUGCAGACAAAGUCAUCACAAAGGCUCCUAAGGAGAAGCUACUGAAGGUGGAGAGAUUGAGGAAGGACAAUGCCAAGGGCCGAUUCCCCCAACCCACAGCCAAGCCCCGGGCCCUGGCCCAGCAGCAGGCGGUGAUCCGGGGUUUUACCUACUACAAGGCAGCCAGGCAAGAGGCAACAGAGGGCAUGGCUGACAAUGCCCUCAAGGGCACUUCCUGGCUAGAACAGCCGCCGCCCAAGGUUGAAGGCAAGCCUCCAGAGCCCAACUCCGCUGAGCAGGACGAGGCUGAGCCCAAGGCUUCCGAGGGAGCAGACUUCACCACUACCAUCCCCACCACAGAUCCUGCCACCACCACUACCACCGCGGCUCCCUCCACCACCCUGGCUCCCACCACGAGUCCCCGGCCCACCGAACCACCUUCACGCCCAGAAGACCCCAGCCAAGGCAGAGAGGCCAGCUGUGAGGGUACCCUGCGGGCUGUGGACCCCCCAGUGAGACAUCACAGCUACGGAAGGCACGAGGGAGCCUGGAUGAAGGACCCCACAGCCCGAGACGACAGGAUCUACGUCACCAACUACUAUUAUGGAAACAGCCUGGUGGAAUUCCGCAACCUGGACAACUUCAAGCAAGGCCGCUGGAGUAACAUGUACAAGCUGCCCUACAACUGGAUCGGCACGGGCCACGUGGUGUACCAGGGUGCCUUCUACUACAACCGGGCCUUCACCAAGAACAUCAUCAAGUACGACCUGCGCCAGCGCUUUGUGGCCUCCUGGGCGCUGUUGCCCGACGUGGUGUAUGAAGACACCACCCCUUGGAAGUGGCGCGGCCACUCGGACAUUGACUUCGCUGUGGACGAGAGCGGCUUGUGGGUCAUCUACCCCGCCGUGGAUGACCACGACGAAGCCCAAUCCGAGGUGAUCGUGCUGAGCCGCCUGGACCCGGGCGACCUCUCUGUGCACCGGGAGACCACGUGGAAGACCAGGCUGCGGCGGAACUCCUACGGGAACUGCUUCCUGGUGUGUGGCAUCCUGUACGCCGUGGACACCUACAACCAGCCCGAGGGCCUGGUGGCCUACGCCUUCGACACGCACACGGGCACCGACGCGCGCCCGCAGCUGCCCUUCCGCAACGAGCACGCCUACACCACGCAGAUCGACUACAACCCCAAGGAGCGCGUGUUGUACGCCUGGGACAACGGCCACCAGCUCACCUACACCCUCCACUUUGUGGUCUAGUGGCCCUGGGCUCCCAGGGGAGGGCAGGGGCACGAGGGGCCCUCGUGGCGGUCCAUGGGGCCUCUGGGGCUGUGGUGGAGGCAGCUGGUAGCCAGGGUGCUCCCUUAGUACCAGGCAGGUGGCAUCCGGCUCCAUCGGCAGAGCACUGCACCAGGGAGGGCCCUUGAGUCCACCCCAGGCCUCCCAUGGAGGCCCUUGUCAUGGACAAGCUGAUCCAUGUCCCCAGGGCCAGCAUCGCAGCCGGAGGCAGGCAGUCUGUGUCUCCCAGUAGCCCCUUCCUCCAGGUGGGAUUGCCCAUGCCCUCCCCCACCUGCAGCCCUCUCCUCUCUCCCCCUUCCCAGAGGCCUCUGGGCCACUGCCCUAGCAGGGUGCCAUUCCAGGGCCCUGUUCCAGCUGAGCUGUUGGUGGCACUGGGCCCCCCCCCCCCCUUGUUCAUGCUCUGGCUUCUUGCUUUGUCUUAGGACAGUGCCCCCUCCCCCCUCCCCUGUUAGGCUACCCUCUAGACCUCACGUGUCACCUAGGCAUGGAGCAGGAGCCACACCCGGAGAGGAGGCGCUGGCGGCCUCCUCUUCCACCCUCAGUCCUAUUUCUCCUGAUCUCCCCACAGGCCAUGCGUCUCUCAGCUGCUGAGAAGAUGCUGGAAGCUGCCGCCCUCCUGUAGCUACCACUACCAGGGAGCUGGGCUGAGACUCCCCAGCCUCAUCUCAGGCUUUGGGUCCUUUCCCUGGCCUCUCCCACAGCCUCUGGGCCUGGGGUCCUUUCUGGACCUUCAAAUCCAUAAACCAAUAAAACACUCAGGGAUUCCUCCAGCUCUGCUGUGAGCAAGGGCUCAGCCUGAGGCCGGGGUAGGGCGAGGAUGGGGCAGUUCUCCUCUCCCUUGUCUAUCCUGGCCCUGGUUACCUGGUGGGCUGGCCAGCUGCCUUGGGGGUAGUGGGAUGGGGGGAAGGCAGGCAGAGUGCUGGUUUCUGGGCAGGCUUUGGGCCUGCUGCUUGCAGACAAGCACCCGAAAAGGGACGUAAGAAAGGGAGCAUGCAGGUCUGAGCAGCAGGCUUCUCCUGGCUUUGAAAUGUUGGGUGGUGUGACAGAACCUGAGGACAUACAAGGGGUCCUCCUGGCAUAGGGACUAUUGGUGCCACCACCCCCCCCCCCCCGGCCAGGCUCCACUCUAGACGGCCUAGAGCUCAAGAUCCCAGUCUGCUUCACCCAGUAUUUUUAGGGUAGGAAGUUCUCUACUCCAACUCCCAGUUUUGCCAAAGAGAAAAAAGGCCCAGAAGGGUCUCAGGGGCAGCUUCGAUCACACAUGGCACAGACAUAGCAGACCUCCUUUGGGAAGCGCUUCAUUCUCCCAGCUUGCAGGCAGCUGGUGGUUCACACCUGUAAUCCUAGCUUCACUCAGGAGGCUGAGAUCUGAGGAUGGCAGUUCAAAGCCAGCCUGGGCAGGAAAGUCUGUGAGGCUCU